AUUUUUCCAGGUUUGAUUUGAAGGAAAGAGAAUGGAUGAUGAUUUUAUUUGCCUGGCAAAUAAGUCGGCUCAUGUAUAUGAUGGAAUCAAAAGUGCAUCUGUUUCCAGGAGAAAGGGCGAGAAACCCGUUGGUGUUCCAAUUGAUACAAAAUUAGAAGAACUGCAAAGCUUUAUUCCCGAAUGUCCGUUUUGCGGUAAGCGGACGAAGGGUUUCGAAGAUAAGAUGUGUCACGUCAAGAGCUGUGGUCGGAAAAGAGGCAUCACUGUUGAUAAACAACUUGCUGCACUUAAACUUCAGCAAAAGCAAGUUGCCGAAGUUAAGGAACUAGGAAUCCCGUCCUCGAAACUGAAGCAGCAGCAGCUGUCACCGAUUUCUCGAAAGAAAACUUCCAGUAGACAGAAAGUCGAGGGUUCCGAUACUGAUCUUCAAACCGCGCUGGCACUCUCCGCAUCAUUACAAGAAGCCGUUUGUGUUAAACAAGAGACUUCACUGCCGUUUCCGAGUGAAACCGUUGUUCAAGGCCCUUCGGUUCGGAAAAUUGGAAGGAAGGCUGUAAAAAAAUUUCCUCUGGUUCAAAGCAGUGAUGAAGAUAGGCGCACAGCGGUGAUCCAGCAGAUUUCAGACAUCAUGUGUGAACAGCGAAUCAUUGAUAUUCCGCCAUUAUUAGCUGAAUUUUAUAAUUAUAAGCGUUCGAACGUGCGUGCCCCUUUGCUGUCCGAAUGUGCGAGCUCCCCGAAGUUAUGGAGGAUGAAUUCAUGUGUUAGUCCUUCAAAUGGAUCGUCACUAUCUUAUCUUGUGCCGGACUUCGAAGAAUUCGCUACUUUUGGGUCGGAUUCGUUGAAAGCUGGAUUCCGGCGGUCACUGAAUGUUCCCGGGAGGGAUGCUACGUUUAUUCAUCAAAGUCAACGCGAAGUGGAAACCACUCAGGAGGUUUUGGCAAGUUUAUGCGAUGUCGAACAUGCAUGUCCGCCGCCUGAAUUUACUGUGGAGGCCGCCGAAGACUUCAGAAUUGCAGAAUAUUCUGCAUUACGGAAUCCUUUCAGCUGUCGCAAUGGACAAACUCAACGGAAAAAUGUCCUCUCGCGACAAAGUUGUGUGCAACCCACAACAGUUGUUCCAAAAUUUGAAAACUCUAUGUUCAACGGUCCGCCAACUGUAGUCAAGAUCGAAAAUUGCAGUCAGUCUGACAGUGAUGAUGCGGAAAAUAUUUGUCGAAUGCCACGGAAUGAUAAAGCCUCGUUCGGGCUUUUUUCGAUACCCGAGACAUUCCGUGAAUUUUCGGCUCAGCGUUUCGUCGAAAAUUGGAUCAAAUUCGGAAGAGAUGAAGAUAACGACGUUAAAUUUGCUUCAAAUUCAGGAGAAUUACUCGGAAUCAGUUCAGUUGUCCUCAGAGCACAGUGUCCUCAGCUCUUGAGAGAUUUCCAUCGUUCUUGCUCCAACGGGAUCAGCAACGUUUUGACGGAGUAUGAACCAUCUGUGAUUCGUUUUUUCUUCGACUUUCUCCUGACCGGGAUUUUUCCGGAAUGUGGAGAAACAGUUCUUUCAAAAAUUUAUGAAAUCAGUGUAAGAUUCGACUGUCCUCUUGUUGCGUGCGUUGAUUUAAAACCGCCGGAGAAUCGUACUGAGAAAACGUCUUGCACAUCAAAAACCGAAGAUGAGAAUCGAGUGAUCGAUGAUAUAUAUGAAGUUAUCUCAGAACUGAAUUCAGAAAGCAAAUCAAUUCAAGUCGAAGAGCUUCCGGAAAGGCGUAAUUUUCAAGAACACAUCGACAGUUCGCCAUGUAUGGUCCGUCAAGAAAUUCAGAGAAGCCCAGUCGAAAAUGUCGAUAUUUCCAUGUGUGAUCCUCCGAAAACUCCUGUUCGUCGCGAAGUUGUUACUAGAAUCCAAAGAAGCAGUACUCCGGACUUAUUUGAAGAUUCCGAAUCCAAUGAUUCGUUUGAGGCCAACUCUCCUGCAAGAAGUCCAAGCAGUGAAGAUGAAUCAUCGGAGAAUCCGUCACAAAAUUUGUCUUAUGUUCCGGAUUCUAACGUGGCGGGGAACGACGGUGAAAUUAACGGGGCCAUGGGUAGCCAACCUGAGGAAGUUUUAUUUGAAGAUGAUUACGCCGGAUUGGAUGAUUUGCAUGACUGGCAUUCGCCUGCCCCACCUCAUACUACCGAGUCUUCGAGAAUUUCGCUUUCUGCUACCAAGACGCCUGAGGCUGGAGCAAGAAUCAUUGAAACCCCAAUUGCCGGACCUUCAAUCGCAGUUACGCCCGAAAUACAGAUGCGGAAACCUCGCAGUUCUUUGAAACGAAAAGAGCCGACGCCCGAUUUUGACGCUAUGAUGACGCCGGAACUGCAGGCUAGGUUAGGUGCGAUGGGAGUGCGGAAAAUGUCGAAAAGCAAGUCAGUCAAAUUGCUCAAAUAUAUUCACGAGCAGUUGAAAUCCCAGGCGAAUGCUGUUGAAAUUCCUGUUGGUCCCGUUGUCGAACCGCUCCCUACUAUUCAAGAGAGCGAAAACGGCGAUGAAUCUCCCAUGGAUACGAGUAAAGACUCUCUUGAUGAUUUUGAGUUAAGUACUCAACAAUGUUCCACUCAGUCGACACAAGUCACUCGCACCCGGAAAAAGCGGAAAAUUGUCGAUUUGGACGAAGCACUUCCGGUGGUGAAAAGUUUUAUCCUUUCGAAACAAGACCUUCAUUGCCAGAUUUUACAAUACGAACCUAUUCAUUUAUUGGAUUUGAAGAACAGUCUGGCAACUUCUGACGUAUUUGUGGAUGCUCCAAUACUUCAGGAUGUGCUUGACAAACUCUGUUUGAAAGGACAAUUGCACAGUGCAGAUCAAUUGGAAAAUGUGAAUAUUUUGAAAGACAUCACCUGCAAGAAAAAAGCAGCAGUUGAUGAUAUGCUGAAAACUGCUUUGAAUGGCCAAGUGGAAGCCGUUCGUGCAGGUUUAUCUGAGCUAGAGGAAGCUUUACAAAAGGUGGAGAGGUUGAAGAUGAGCCGCGAUAAAAUUAGGGAUGCUUUGCGUGACGUACCAAAGCUGGAAGAAGUUUUAACGCCGUUGAAAGAAGAGCGAUCUCGUCAUUCGCAAUACGUUGCAGCUAAGGAAAAUAUGAGACAUAUUUUUACAGUUCCGGAAUCGUUGGACAAAGCUCACAACUGGGUUGUGCAAGGAAAUUUCUUGCAAGCUCAUCAGAGGUCUGAUGGGUUCAUGCCGCCAGGGAGGCCAAAACAUUGGAAAGCAAAAGCUUUGAAAGUAAUGGAAGAAGCGGUCUUGGAACGCAUUGAAGGCAAUCAAGCGUUGAAUCGUGAUGACAACAAGAUGUGGAUUGUGGUUAAUUUGGAAAUGUUGCGGAAAAUGUUGAUUGAUGACCUGAAAGUUGUUAGAACGGUGUGUGUUCCAGUUUUUCCUCCUUCAUAUGAUAUUGUCAAAACUUUUACCCGUAUCUAUCACCAAGGCCUAAGCACAAGGCUGCAAGAACUGAUAAAGUUCGGCGUUCAAGGAAAUGAAGUCGUCUCACUUCUGCAAUGGGUCAUCAAUACGUACCCAGAAAUUUUGGUGGAACUGGGUAUUUUGCAAAGUGAAGUUGGACCUGUUCUUGAUGAGCAGUCUGUUCGUGAACUUCAGGAUAGCUACUUGAAUACGUUACAGACAAACGUCAAAGAUUGGCUGAAUAAAUCUCUCCAAACGUCCGUCAGUGAGUGGCUGCGUCCGAAUUCAGCAAAACCGGAUAUCUUCUCCGGAGGUGAUGGAAAGCAAUUCAACACAGGAUUUCCUGCUUUAAUUUUUGACAUGGUUCAGCAAAACGUUGAUGUUGCUGAUACCAUUAGUGGGGAAAUCAUGGUUGGCGCGUUGAAGAUUUGCUUGGAGGAGAUAAUUCAUCUGGUCCACGAAUAUAGGGCUCGAAUGGUCUCGUAUAAAUCGAAAUAUUUGGAAGACCGCAGUCAAAUACCAUUUUUCACGCACACCAUGAUUGCGAAUGUGAACGAUUGCGUUCGUAUUGUCGAAAUGGCGAAACAAUUGAAAGACAAAUACAUCAAAUCUGAGCUGACUCCUUCAGAGAUAACAGCUAUUCUUGAGAGACUUCACAAAGCGUAUUUCCAUUUACGGAAUGAUGCCGCCAAUAUUUUAUUGGAAGAAACGUUCGUCGAUCUCGAUCCCCAUCUUCAUGAUGUGUUUUCAAGACGCUGGUUUGAUGGGUCUUCGCCGGCGAUGGAAACCAUUCUCGUGACGCUGAACGAUUACUUUUCCGACUACAAACACCUUACAGAUAAAAAUUACGAAUACGUUGCCAUGGUUUGCUUGAACACCACUGCACAAAAGUAUAUAAUGAACAUGCUUCAGCGUAAAAUGCCGUACAAGAACAACGAGGAACGUGCAAGUGCUGCCGAGCGAGCUUCUCGAGAAGCUCGGCAACUGGAAGACUUUUUUGCUGCUGAAGUCCCCGACUUGUCUCCCAGCAUUCACCCGUGUCACGUCAUGGCUUCGUUAGCUGAGGUACUGCGUGUUGAGGAUCCGGAAUUCGUGUCCCUCGAACUGCACGGAUUGGUCGCGAAGUACCCUGAUGUGACCCUGGAUAUUUUGAUUGCCUUACUAACUGUUCGGGGUGACGUUUCGAAAAGCGACGCGAGGGCCAAGGCGCAGGAAGCGCUUGCAAGCAUCGGUGGUGCUGCUGCGGCCAGAGCCCAGGCCGGGACCACAAUUCUUAGUCAGGUUAUGCUUCCUGCUGGCUUUCUGGCUCAGUUUUUGUAAUUCGAGUGUGAUCGAAACAACCCUGCUGUGAACAUUCACCUCCCCAUAUUCAGCUGGACAAUCGCGUUUGUGGAACAGAGCGUUUUCAUCGAGUGGCUGCAUGGUCAAAUUUUCAUCUGGAAAGUUAUAAUCUCUCCACGGUUCACCAAUUAUUUUUUGUUCUCGAAAAUACGUAAUCUUUUUGACUGUUUGAUUUAAUUCCUACUACCUUCUUUCAUUUUGAAUUUCCCGCCAAUCCAUGCAUCACCUGUGAUCAAUUCUGAAUGCAUGAUCAAUCUUGAAGCUCGUGCUGCAUCUUCCUGAAGCUCAUGAUUUCUAAUUUGAAGCCUAUAUUGGAUCUAGGAGCCGAUGUGUCCACAAAUUUGUUUCGCCCAGAAUAUUGCAAAAAGUCAUCUGGUGGAAAUGCAGUAAUUUAUGUUUUUGUA